CAGUUCUACCAAGCGGGGCGUAGCGUCCGCAGUCAACCCACCUCCAUGCCCCACGACCCCACCUUCAGCAGCGGCAGGAUCCAAGAGGGGUCAAAGGCGUCUAAGGCGCCCUUCACGGUCGUCAGGGGGCAGUACUCCAAGUCGGAGCUUGUGAACACCCAGAGCCUGGCCCACAGCUACAUCUACGACCCCGACAUGCCCAUAUUCGACCUCGAUCACAGCGCCAACGUCACUGGACUUCUCGGCAAAACUGCUGUGCUAAACUGUAGAGUCCGCAACAUCGGAAAUAAAACCGUGUCAUGGGUUCGCCACCGGGACAUCCACCUGCUGACAGUGGGCAGGUUCUCGUACACGUCAGACCAGCGCUUCACUGCACGUCACGCUGACGAGUCAGAGGACUGGCUCCUCAAGAUCCACUACUUGCAGAAGCGCGACGCUGGCUGGUACGAGUGCCAGAUCUCGACGACUCCUCCUGUCAGCCACAUGGUCUACCUCACAGUCGUGGAGCCGGAGACGAGCAUCCUAGGCGGCCCUGACGUGUACAUCAACAGCGGCAGUCGUCUGGUGCUGACGUGCUCAGUCAAGUACAGUCCCGACCCUCCUGCCUUCAUCUUCUGGUACCACAACGACAGGUUGGUGAGUUACGACCACAGUGACAGCGGCGUGCAGGUCGUCAUUGAGAAGGGUGCAGUGAGCACCUCGCGCCUGCUGGUGAAGGUCGCAGGCACCCGCCACUCUGGCACCUACAGGUGCGACCCUUCCAACUCUGGCAACCAGAGCGUCACCGUGCAUGUGCUCGAAGGCGAGAAGCCAGCCGCGAUCCAGCACGAGAAUAACAGCGCGACAGCAUCUAGUCCCCCAAGCGGCGCUUGCUGCGCACUGCGCACAACAAUAGCAUCAUUUACCCUAAUAUCAGUCUUAGUGACGGCCAUCUUGCGCUAGACUCCGCGAGCCGUAGCCAGCUACAGCUAGAACUAGCACUCAUUCUAUGCUCCUUGUGUAAGUAUGUGUAUUUAGCUUUGUUUGCCGAUGGGAACAAUUCUCAGUGAAGUGAUGAGAUUGCUUCCGAGGUCAAAUUUAAAAUUGAAAUUACUGAGUCUCGGUGAAUUAUCUGCAAAUUGAUCGUUUUAUAUAACAAGAUCUAUAAUGUUCGGUAUCAGUGCUUUGGCAUCGGUGCUUCUGAAUGCUUUGUAAAUAUUUCGAUGCCAACGUGGGAACUAUACUUUAUAUUGAAACAAUCUCUUCUCGUAUAAAAAAAAUAUGUAAAGUCCGAGUCUUACGUUGAAUGAUGGUUUGCAAUCGAAUGGAAUCCGCAGAUCAAGCUGCAUUUUCCCGAGUGGACUAGGCAUAAAUUUGAAGAUUACAUUGAAGUACAGUGCACUAACCCCUUAAGUAUCAAAUAUCCCCGCCCUGUAUAUGCUCCUUAGGAAAUGUUCUCAAUGGUACCUUAUAGCAAAUAGUUUAUAACCGAGAUGGAAUAGUGUAAAUAAAAAAUUCUUGAACGGAACUGAGACGAAAUACGAGAAAGAAAAUCCCUUCUUUAGUAUGAAAGUUCAAUUUCAUCACGUGAAACUGUUUCAUCUCGAUAUGAAAGCCAGUGUAAGAAAUUCUCAAUGUAAUGUAUAGUUCCAAAUUCCACAAGCAUUCGAUGUAUAAGAGACUCUUGGUGAGGUGCCUCUAUCCCAACAUCGUUUGUCAUAAUACCAUUAUUCAAUUCUUUUCACUAAUAUUUAUGAAGUAAUGGAACUGAAUUUAAUUUCAUCAUUAUAUACCAUCUCAAGGCAUGCCUCAUUUGUGUCAUUUUUUGUCAUAUAACGUCACGGAUCAAUUUUUAAU